AUGUAUUUCUUUCCUCAAUUUCCAAAUGCUUGUUUGUUGAACAGGAUUACUGACCAGCCUGUUGUUGAUGCAUCUACAAACAAUGGUAGAAUUCUUGAAGUUUUCCAAACUGGUCACUCAUUUCCUUUCUCUAAGUUUUCUAGAACCCACUUGGCAUCUUGUCUUGCUUAUGAUGAAAGAACUACUAUAUUGUCCCAAUCUUGUAUUCUUCGAUUUGUUGAAUCUAUAAUCAUAAAAAAUUCCAAACAUCUUACUUUUACUAAGGCAAAAGCCCAACUUAAGCUCAUUAUUGACCCUGAUAUUGCAGCUAACAUGCAUGUUGUCAAUCUUUGGGCUGCUAAUAAGGUUUUUAGUGAAUUUUUUAUUUUUCACAAUUUUGUUGGCUCCCAAUAUUCUUUUGUAUCAUGUCUUACUAAAUCACCUUCUUCUAUAUCUACUACUAUAACUUUUUCUCUUUGCUCUAGUAAAAUUCUCUUGACAGGUGAGCUAUCCAAAAGUCAUCUACAUGAUUUUCGCAAUAUAUUCCAAGAGAGCACCAGUGGCCUAUCAAUGCUUGCAUUACCUUUGAGAACAUCCACAUUGCCUGAUUUAAACCAAAAAGUAGAACUUAAUAAUGGUACCAGUUUCUAUUGA